AUGCUAUAGCGUUGCACCCAAAAUGGAUAUUUCCCAUUCCACCAUCCUCUUUACUCUCCCUUUCUUCCUCUUCCUAUUACCUUCUUCCAAACCAGUUUCCGACUAUAGCACAUUAGUGUACAAAACAUGUGCAACCCAAACCUCGAAGAACCACCAACCAUUCCAAACUUAUUCUCAAACCCUCAAUUCUCUAUUCCAGCAACUCAUCGCACAAUCCUCCCAACACAAGUUCUUCAAAACCAUGGAAGCCGUUACCGACGACACAGCCAUCUCAGGCCUUUUCCAAUGCAGAGAGGAUAUCAGCAAAGAAGAUUGUUUCAGCUGCGUGAGCACGCUGCCUCACAUGUCAAACACCUUGUGCGGCGAUUCCAUGUCAGCACGGGUUCAGCUUCACGGUUGCUACAUUCACUACGUAUACGAAAGCGAGGAGGUUCCAGAAACAGGUGGUGAAUCUGAUGAAAGUAGCAUUUUGCUUCACAAGGAUUGUGGAGAAGCGGUUGGGGAUUAUAUGGGGUUUAAAGGGUUGAUGGACGAGGCAUUUGUGGCACUGGAAAGUGGGAUUCUGAACAGUAACGGGUUCUAUAUAACGAAUUAUAAGUCGGUGAAACUGAUGGCGCAGUGUGAAGGGGAUUCGGACACUUGUGACUGUAGUAAUUGCGUAAACGAUGCACUGCAGGUUGCUAAGGAACAAUGCGCUACUUCACGUUCGGCACAAAUAUAUCUUCAUAAAUGUUUCAUAAGCUAUGCCAUGCAUGGCAACCCUGUCCCAGGGACAAGCAGAAAUAUCAACACCGAAAAGUUGGCGGCAAUAAUUGUUGGAGGGGCCGCAGCUCUGUUUUUGGGUUUUAUUUUUUUAUCACUACUUAACUCUAGAUUUAGAAAAGACGACUAUGAAUAGAAGAAAAUGGCAGUGACACUUUAUUAAUUUAGUACGGUUUUCAACAAAUUUCAAUAUAAAAAAGUGGUAGAAAAAAUAUUACUAACAAGUAAUCAAGUAUUAGGAUAUGAUUAUCCGUAUAUAAUCCUCAUUGCUCUGUUUUUUCUUUACUAGAGGAUAACUUUGUUUCUACAAUACCUGAUUACAGUGUUGAAAACAUUUCUUACUUUGGUGUAAAAAAGGAUUCUUACU